AUGGAAUCUAUACCUCUUCUGAGUCCUUAUGAAACAGAAAGAUUCAGGUUUUCACACAGAACUGUGUUGGCGCCCUUAACAAGAGCCAGAUCAUAUGGCAAUCUUCCACAAUCGCAUGCCAUACUGUACUACUCACAGAGGGCUACAGAGGGUGGUCUUCUGAUUGCUGAAGCCACAGGGGUGUCAUCUGAUGCUCAAGGGAUAAGUUUAAUUCCACACACCCCAGGGAUUUGGACCAAGGAACAAGUAGAGGCCUGGAAGCCUGUUGUGGAUGCAGUGCAUGCAAAAGGUGGAAUAUUCUUCUGCCAGAUUUGGCAUGUAGGAAGAGCAUCUGAUAUGGGUUUUCAGCCUAAUGGCCAAGCUCCAAUAUCCAGCACCGAUAAGCUACUAAAGCCUCAAGUGAGAACUAAUGGCAUAGAUAUUGCAAAUUUCUCAACUCCAAGGCGAUUAGACACUCAUGAGAUGCCUUUAGUUGUCAAUGAUUUCAAGAUUGCAGCUAGAAAUGCAGUUGAAGCUGGAUUUGAUGGUGUUGAAAUUCAUGGAGCUCACGGUUACUUGAUUGAUCAAUUUUUAAAGGACCAUGUCAAUGAGCGCACAGACAUAUAUGGUGGCAGCUUAGAGAACCGUUGCCGGUUUGCAGUAGAAAUAGUUCAAGCGGUAGUUGAUGAGAUUGGAGCUGACAAGGUUGGGAUAAGGCUUUCACCUUUUGCCAAUUAUUCGGGACCAGUAGACUCAAACCCAGAAGCUCUAGGCCUGUAUAUGGCAAAUGCGCUGAACAAUUUUGGAGUUCUCUAUUGUCAUGUGGUGGUGCCACGGACGGUGAGAAAUGGUGAAAAUUCUGAAACUCCCAGCUGUAUUGGGUUAAUGAGGAGUGCUUUUAAGGGAACAGUUAUUGUUGCUGGCGGCUACAGUAGGGAGGAUGGAAAUCAUGCGAUCUCCAGUGGCUAUGCUGAUUUGGUUGCAUAUGGGCACUUAUUCCUGUCCAAUCCUGACUUGCCUCGGAGGUUUGAGAUUGAUGCUACUCUCAACAAGUACAAGAGUGAGACCUUUUACUCCUGA